GAUGGCCGCCGGGCGCCCUCCUCCUUUUCCGGAUUCUCCCUGACAGGGAACUCCGGGCUAGAUACCUGGUGUCUCUCGGCCGCCUCCAAACCUCUAACCCGGAGCAUCCGUCUGCCCCGCCUUCAGGAGCCCCCGGCGGGAGGCGGGGGUCACUUCCUGUCCUGAAGCCUCCGCCCCGCACACCUGCUUUCCUCCCACUCCGGGGAGAGGCCUGGGAGCGAGGAUCCGGGUCGGGGAGGGUUCCGAGCCCCUCUAGCCAGCUACCUGGGUGCCUUUGGGGCGGGGCGGGGCGGGGCCGGUCCUCACGGAGCCCCCUCCCCUUCCCCCCCCCCCCCGCCAAUAAAGGCAGCCGGCUGAGCCCUCUCCCUGCACCCACCAGCCAGGCUGAGCAGCUGAAGUCCGUCCGCCUCUCCCCUUCGGGCACGAUGAGUUUCACCACCCGCUCCUCUACCUAUUCCACCAACUACCGCUCCCUGGGCUCCGUCCGGGCGCCUAGCCACCGGAUCCGGCCGGCCAGCAGCGCGGCCAGUGUCUAUGCCGGCGCCGGUGGUUCUGGCUCCAGGAUCUCCACUGCCCGAUCCAGCAGCUUCCGCGGGAGCUGGGGAGCCGGGAGCAUGAUGGGGGGACUGGCUGGGAUCGGGGGGGUCCACGGGGAGAAGGAGACCAUGCAGGACCUCAACGACCGCCUCGCCUCCUAUCUGGAUCGCGUGCGCAGCCUGGAGACGGAGAACCGCAAACUAGAAGGGAAGAUCCGGGAGCAUCUGGACAAGAAGGGCCCCCGGAUCAGAGAAUGGGGCCACUAUUUCAGGACCAUCGAGGAGCUGCGGGCGCAGAUCUUCGCCAACUCCGUGGACAACGCCAGAAUCGUCCUCCAGAUCGAUAACGCCCGGCUGGCCGCUGAUGACUUCAGAGUCAAGUAUGAAGCAGAGCUGGCCAUGAGGCUGUCCGUAGAAAAGGACAUUCACGGCCUCCGGAAGGUCAUCGACGACACCAAUGUGACCAGGCUGCAGCUGGAGUCCGAGAUUGAGGCCUUGAAGGAAGAGCUGCUCUUCAUGAAGAAGAACCAUGAAGAUGAGGUAAAAUCUCUACAAGCACAAAUCGCAGGCUCGGGGCUGACUGUGGAGGUGGACUCUCCCAAAUCCCAGGACUUGAGCAAGGUCAUGGCUGACAUUCGAGCCCAGUACGAUGCUCUGGCCCAGAAAAACAGAGAAGAGCUGGAUAAAUACUGGUCCCAGCAGAUUGAGGAGAGCACUGUGGCCAUCAACACAAGAUCUGAGGAGGUGGAAGCUGCUCGAAAUACUGUCACCGAGCUGAAACGGACAGUCCAGUCUCUAGAAAUUGACCUGGACUCCCUUCGAAAUCUAAAAACUAGCUUGGAAGAGAGCCUGAGGGAGGUGGAGACCCGUUAUGCCAUACAGAUGGAGCAGAUCAAUACAGCCCUCCUACACCUUGAGGCAGAGCUGGGGCAGACUCGCACUGAGGGGCAACGCCAGGCACAGGAAUAUGAGGCGCUGCUCAACAUCAAAGACAAACUAGAAGCAGAGAUCAACACCUAUCGAAACCUACUGGAGAAUGGGGAGGACUUCAAUCUUGUACAUGCCUUGGAUGGCAGCAGCAGCUCCUUACAAAGUAUACAUAAGACCAGCACCCGGAGGACCGUGGACGGCAAAGUGGUGGCAGAGACCAAUGACACCAAAGUUCUUCGGCGUUAGAGCCAUAAACUGAGGACCUGGGCCAAGGCCGGAAGUUAAUAAAGGCUCUUUGGUCACCUGGAA